AUGGAUCCAGAACGACAGAAUAUCCUCAGCGAUCUCGCAGACCUCGCUCGAACCGCCAAUGGCCCUAUUCCCACUACUCCACAUCAGCCUUCACGGAUCUUUACGGCCGAUGUUGCAGAAGAUAUGAACGCCCUUCUUGCAGGAAGUACCCAGAGAGCUUCAGACAUCCCAUCAGAAAACGCCCAAUUCUCUACCCUCGCCGUACCAUCCGAUAGCCACGUAGAUCCAGCAAUGAAAAGGCCGACAAAAGCUGCAACCUCCUCCGAAAAGCCACCCAGAGAAGAGCUUACCCCUAAGAAUUUCUCCCGUCGGGACCUACUCGCGGUAGAAUACGCAAAGUCGCUGCUCAACGAAGGCGAUACCUUGGUGUUUGUGCGCUUCCCCAACAAUGUCCCGGCCUACGAUUCAACAGGCUCUGCGGUGAGCGAGAAGCACCGCGUCCACAGCGAGAAGCUCAAGGCGGCCUCUCCCGAAUUCAAGAGACUUUUGGAGGAUGACUGGCAGCAGCAUCGCUUCAAGCGCCGCAACAAGCUUGUCGGCCAGCUCCCUGCGGGCAUCACGUAUAUUCUGGAUCUCACGCCACCCGACGAGGGCGACGAGGCCUUGAACUUGACUGCUAACCUGUCUUGUUCCCUUGGCAUUCGAAGCUGGUACAGGACAGAAUUCACUGAGGGUGAGGCUGCCCAUGGAUUGGUGGGUGGACUUGACGAGACAACGGUUCAUCCCGGUCAGGCCUGGGAUGAGGAGCCUGAUUCUGUAUCAGAUGAUGAUACCCCUUGGACUGCAUCAGUAAGCUCCCAACAAGGCUUGCGAAUGAGAUUUGAGGAUGAUUCCGAUUAUUCUCUGGAGGCCACACUUGAGGAAAGCAGAAAGAUGUAUAACGAGUUGAGAGAUGGCCAAAGAGGCAACAAAAAGACGGCGGAGAAUGCUGAAAGGGAGAAAGUGGUUCUCGACUACUGUCCGAUACGCCACCGAACUGGUAUUAGGCGUCUUCUUCAGGUAAUCGAAGGUAAGGACCCAAGACUUGAUUCGGCUCCGAAAGUCUGGACCCUUGCAGUCCUUGCCAACUACUUCAAGUGCCCCAAUGCAGUGGUCGAUUUCAUAACUUCUUGGAUGAUAGCUGACCCCAACGAUAAGAUCUUCGAUAUCCUCCCGGAAGACUGUCUCCGCAUCGGUGUGUUGAUCGAGAAUCCCACAAUCACACGAUGGGCGUUCACGAUCCUCGUCUCGGAGGAAGCUCUGCGACUCGGAGCAGAUUGUGGUCCACCAAAGAGUACAGGCGAGGGGGCGGGCCAACUUGACGGCAAAGGCACCACCAGAUUCGGACGACGUCGGGAAUCUAUAGACGAGGACAUUCUCAAUUCUAUUCAGCAUGCUGGUCGCAGCUUCUUCGCCAGAAUUGAAGAGCAAGUGAGAAAACUCUACGACCCAGAGCUGGUCUGGCUCCAGCAUCAAGUUGAGUUUGGUAAACUUCGUAGCUUCCAAGAGUUCGUUGAGGCAGCUGCCAGCUCCAACGACCUUGUCCUGGAAGAAAAGCGCUCAGCCAUCGACGAGGUCAUGUUGAAUAUCAAGCUUUACGUUAGGGGAAGAAUCUUAUGGUGCUUACUGAAGCCCCUCGACGAGACCCAAGGCAAACGCUGGGACGAGCUUCGCUGGCAAGAAAAGCAAAUCAUCCUCAAAGGCAUCUCCUCGGAGUACAUCUACCACUCCCUCAGCGACGAGGAACGUGUCUUGACCAGGUACUUCUGGGCUUCUAUGCGCGUCUUGCCUUGGGACCAGGAUGACCCUUCGUGCCGCACGAAUCUGAUUCGAAUGUCACCACCGGCUGACAGCGAACACCACCACCUAGAGAUACAGACCAUAAUGAAAGCUGCUGCCGAUUCCCACAAUAUCCCGAACGUCUCCAUCAGCCACCUCCACCUCGUUGUUGAUCGUCUGAACGUGCUGAUAUUGAAGUCCCUUCGUCAUGAAAACUUCAAUAACGGCGUCUUUCCUGGCGCAGCCUGCGAGUCACCUAGGUCAGACACUAACGAGGGAUAUUCCGAUUCCGAGGUCGACGGAGUCACCAAAGACCGGGAGACCGCCCUCAAAGAAGAAAAGCUCAAGUUCUGGCAGCGCGCACUCGCUUUCCGCGACGAGGAAAUCGCAGAGGGCAGCGGUAGCGGCUUGGAAAAGAACGUGCAUUUUUCAGGCUCUGCUGCCGGGUCCAUCAGUCCGCAAAAGACGCGUACCGUGGAGGGACCUGUGUCGACCACCGGUAUCCACGGCCACGAGGUCAACAUACCUAGCGAAUCCCUUCAGUCGCUCGGCACGCUGGGCGACCCUCCCCAGCCGAGCCCAAGAGUUCCGCUCGACGAAGACAUUGGCACCGACUCCCCCUUCUUCUCUCUCAGGGCUAUAUUCGCGCAGAUCGAGAGGCACAUCGACGCGCUGUGCUCAGAGCUGCUUUCGUACAAUGAGAUGGAGCGGCCUUCAAUCUGCGACACUCUCCUGUGCCUGUCGGACGACGAGUACAAGUACCUCCCGCUCUGGGCUGGCGGCCUCGACGACGAUUCCGGUGGCGUAUACGAGAUGGAACUCCCCCCCGUAGAGCGCGGCGGCGCAGCCGGUCCAGGACCAAGCUACCACACGGGCUCGACCGUCGCCUCCUCAAGCGAUUCAGCGAUCCGCUUCGACGACGCCGAUGCGGAGAGCAUGGAUGGCAGCAGCGUCGCGUCAUCGACGGAUAUCAUCCACACCAGCGUCGGUGUCGAAGAUGGGUACAGUAUGGACCACGUAGAUCGGCGUCGCAUCGUGCCAGAAGAGGAUUCUGAGGCUUCGUACGAUCGACUUUCCGAUGCUCCGGAAUCCCAGGCUCAAGCCCCGACGCAAGAGAUCAACCUCCCCAUCCGCGAGAGAGAUAGAGGAGGCAAAGGCAAGGAAGUCGAGGCCGUAUCCGACACCACCUCCUCCUCCUUCUCCUCCAGCCAACUUCAACCACCGGCCCGCGGCUCAGCAUUUCCCUCCUCCUCCUCUUCCAAACCCAAAGAAACGAGAGGGGAUUCCCCUCCUCCACCCCUCCCCAGCGGUUCCACCCAAGCCGCUCCAAGUGACCAUUUCGACGACGACGACGCAGCCUUCUACGCUGAUUUCGGCGACGGCGACGACUUUAAUUUCGCUUAUGAUAGUGGGGAGGAGACGGAGACGGAAGAGACGGAGGAGGAGCCCGAGGAGAUGAUAUCCAAGCGCGAGGAUCAUGGUGCAAGCAAAUAA